AUGUCCGCCGCCAUCGCGUACGACUUCAUGGACAAGAUCGUCCCAGGCGUCUCCCAACACCUGCAGAUCAUGAACGCCACCACUGCCACCGACACCUUCUACCCCGGCCUCGAUUUCACAACGCUCAGCUGGAUCGAAAGAUUAUGGGCGCAAUUCUAUAUCUUCAUCGGAAACCCCAUCAUUGCCACUGGUCUGCUGAGUUUUGGUCUGCACGAGAUCGUCUACUUUGGUCGCUGCAUUCCUUGGCUCAUCAUUGAUGAGAUUCCCUACUUUCACCAAUGGAAAAUUCAGCCUAACAAGAAGGUUUCUCGAGCUCAGAUGUGGAAGUGCACCAAGGUUGUCCUGCUCACGCAUUUCACUUGUGAAGCUCCCUUGAUCCUCGCUUUCCACCCCAUCUGCUGCUACUUUGGUAUGGCGACUUAUGAGGUCCCCUUCACUUCUUGGGGUCUCAUGGCUCUCCAAAUCGCCUUCUUCUUUGUCUUUGAGGACACCUUCCACUACUGGGCUCACCGAGCUCUGCACUACGGGCCUCUGUACAAGAACAUUCACAAGCUCCACCACGAAUUCUCUGCCCCCAUUGGUCUUGCUGCCGAGUAUGCCCAUCCUCUCGAGGUCCUUAUCCUCGCGCAGGGUACCAUCUCUGGUCCCUUCCUCUACGCCGUCUUCCGCAGUGAUCUCCACAUCUUCACCGUCUACCUCUGGAUCACUCUCCGGCUCUGGCAAGCUGUCGAUGCCCACUCUGGGUACGACUUCCCCUGGUCUUUGAGGACCUUUAUUCCCUUCUGGGCUGGUGCGGACCACCACGACUUCCACCACGCUGCCUUUGUCAACUGUUUCUCCACCAGUUUCAGGUGGUGGGACUACUCUCUUGGUACCGACAGCAAGUACCAUGCGUACAAGGAGCGUGUGGCUGCUUCCAAGGCCAAGACGGCCAAGGAAAGGGCCGAGUUUGAGAGGCGAGAAAUGGAGGAGGUUGAGAAGGAGGGUGUCCGUGCGGAGCGGUUGGCUGAGGCUUACGGCAAGCGUGCGGUAAAGACUGAAUAG